GUGCUUUCCUCAGGGCGUCCAGUACAUUCAGGCGAGGCUCAGGUCUGGCCAGCCCAGGUUCUUAGACUCUGAAUAAAGAUAGUCUCACCUUCCCAGUUCAUCAUGGCUUCACCCUCAAGAGUUGACACUGCUAGAAGAGGUGCCCACUCAAAGGUGAAGUCCACUAAGCUGCUUGAGGUUCUGAAUGCUUUGGAGGAGGAAGAGUCUGGCAACAACAGGGAGGAGAUUUUCAUUGCACCUCCCGACAAUGCUGCAGGGGACUUCACAGAUGAGGAUUCUGGGGAUGAAGAUGGCCGGCGAGGUGCUCAACUGCCUGGCAGUAUGCUCCAUGCGUCCGUUGUGUCUGAGGACUCUGGCACUGGGGAGGAUAAUGAUGACCUGGAGCUGCAGCCAGCCAAGAAGAGGCAGAAGGCAGUAGUGGAGCCUCAGCGUGUCUGGACCAAGAGAGAUAUUCGACCAGAGUUUGGCAGUUGGACAGCAUCAGAUCCGCACAUUGAAGACCUCAAAAGCCAGGAACUAAGUCCCGUAGGCCUCUUUGAAUUGUUUUUUGAUGAAGGAACAAUUAAUUUCAUUGUUAAUGAAACCAAUCGUUAUGCUUGGCAGAAGAGUGUCAACCUGGGUCUCACAGCCCAGGAAUUGAAGUGUGUUUUGGGCAUUUUGAUUUUAAGUGGGUAUAUCUCCUAUCCAAGGAGAAGGAUGUUUUGGGAAACCUCUCCUGACUCACAUCAUCAUCUUGUAGCUGAUGCAAUUAGAAGGGACAGAUUUGAACUGAUCUUCUCAUACCUCCAUUUUGCAGAUAACAAUGAACUUGAUGAAAGUGAUAGGUUUGCCAAGGUCAGGCCCCUUAUCGUCAGGAUGAACUGCAAUUUCCAGAAGCAUGCUCCCUUGGAAGAGUUCUAUAGCUUCGGUGAGUCCAUGUGUGAAUACUUCGGGCACCGGGGAUCCAAGCAGCUGCACUCAGGGAAACCUGUGAGACUUGGCUACAAAAUCUGGUGCGGGACAACUAGCAGAGGAUACUUGGUGUGGUUUGAACCUUCACAAGGCACAUUAUUCACCAAGCCAGACAAGGGCUUGGAUCUCGGAGGCAGUAUGGUCAUAAAAUUUGUGGAUGCGCUUCAGGAGCGUGGCUUUCUGCCAUACCACAUAUUUUUUGACAAGGUUUUUACAAGUGUCAAAUUGAUGUCCAUUUUGAGGAAAAAGGGGGUGAAGGCCACAGGAACUGUUCGUGAGUACAGGAUUGAGCGAUGUCCCCUCAAAGAUCCCAAAGAGUUGAGAAAAAUGAAGAGAGGCUCAUUUGAUUACAAAGUUGACGAGAGCGAGGAGAUCAUUGUGUGCCGCUGGCACGACAGCAGCAUGAUCAACAUCUGCUCCAAUGCUGUGGGCAUAGAGCCUGUGAGGCUGACUAGCCGUCACUCGGGAGCAGCCAAAACACGAACUCAGGUCCACCAGCCAUCACUGGUGAAGCUGUAUCAGGAGAAGGUGGGGGGUGUUGGCAGGAUGGACCAGAAUAUUGCCAAGUACAAGGUAAAGAUCCGGGGCAUGAAGUGGUACUCGAGCUUCAUUGGCUAUGUUAUUGAUGCUGCCCUCAACAAUGCAUGGCAGCUGCACAGGAUCUGCUGCCAGGAUGCACAGGUGGACCUCCUUGCCUUCCGAAGAUAUGUUGCCUGUGUGUACUUAGAGAGCAAUGCUGACAUGUCCUCACAAGGGAGGAGAAGCAGGCGGCUGGAAACUGAGAGCCGCUUUGAUAUGAUUGGGCACUGGAUUAUCCACCAGGACAAGAGGACCCGAUGUGCCCUCUGCCACUCACAGACCAACACCCGGUGUGAGAAGUGCCAGAAAGGCGUCCACGCCAAGUGCUUUAGGGAGUACCACACCCGGUGAUGGCAAAGGUGUGCUUGUUUUGGUUUAUAAUGGGGUGUCUACAGAUAAUUACAUCCAGUAGUUAAAGCACUUCUGUUUUAUUUGUGUAGGAAAAAGGACCUGAAUUCUCAAUGACUUGGUUUUGUAUUUUCUCCUUAUCCCCAUUAUUAUUAUCUUUUUUAUUAUUGUAUAUGCCUACAUGUAAUAUAAAGUAGUGUUUAUGUUAGUAAUCAUGAAUGUUUGCAAAUCUGUAUUUUGUACCAUUAUUUAUUUAAACUUAUCCAAAUAAAUAAAAAUCUUGCUUCGGGGUAUAUUUAAGUUCUGACAAGAAUGAUCAAAG